AUGUCGACGUUUGUGACUAUCGACAGCAACAACACUGAAGAGGAGGACUCUGCCUCGUUGAUUCCUGACGAGCAGCAGCCAGAGUUUGCAGUGGACGAUGGCGGCCACAACGAGAUGAUGACUAAUGCUAGCAGUACCGAAGAACAAGACGAAGAAGACCCCCGUUGUAUUCUGGCCAUGCUUCCCUUUCAACUGGGCGGUUUGACGCAUCCUUCGAGUUUCAGUCAAAUGGCCGCCGGUUUGUUGGCAUUGGAUCAUUUCGAUACGGGCGAUUCCUCGGUGGUUCCAGGAUUGGCGGACCGCAAAGCGGCGCAGUGUCCCGAUUUGACGGAUUUGAAGGCCUUCUUUGUCGAUUCGAAAGGCGAUGCCACGGUCGUAUCGGAAUAUUUGAUUCAACAAGUCGCUCUUGACAACCAAAAGUACUUGGCAUUGGUGGGAUUACCGAGCAACGACGCCGCCUUGGCCGCCCUGCAAAUUGCCGUGGGGAUGCAGAUUCCCAUGGUCACGCACGGUGCUGAUUCGACGUCGAUUGGAAAUCCCCGUUGGUACAAUGGAUUGGGAGUCAGUACCAAUGUCGAUUUGCACGUCAUGGGACAAAUGAUUGUCAAUUACUUGGUACGACGACAAGGACGACGAGAAGUAUUGGCCACCGUGGCCGUCACCCACGAAUUUGGAGCCGAUUUGCGACAAGAAAUCGACAGCAAUAGUAUGGGAAUUCUGUGUAGCGAUUGCGACAAUAAUACUGAACAACAACACAACUGUUUCUCCCGACACGACAGUUACGCUCUGGCGCCACCCUUUACGGGAUACGAGCCCAAUCGCGGCGCCGGCUAUGCGCUCCAACAAAUCAAGAAAGCGGGCAUUCGCAACAUUGUCAUGAUUCUCAGUGCACCUCAUGCCCAAUUGCCCGCCAUUGCCGAUCACGCGGCCGAAUUGGGAAUGCUGGACGACAACAAUAGUGGCAAGUACGUCUGGGUAUUGGCGGCCGAACGGACGCAACAACUCAGUGACAUUACACGGGUCGCCGCGUUGAACCACAACAUGUCGACAUUACUCCAGGGCAUGGCCACUCUGGUUCCUUUGGAUGGAUUCUUGUAUACGAACUCGACAGAAGAAGAUGAUCGAUUCUUGCAAGCCUGGAAACAACAAAAUGCCUCCUUUGUCGAUCGAGUCAAUGCGGCGUUGCCCGUUCCACCCAAUCAAACGGGAUACUAUCGGGCGCCGCCGGAUUAUUUUCAAACGCACAUGCCCAUGCCGGGAGCGGGAUUCUUGUACGAUGCCAUUAUGACCGUGGCGUUGGGGAAAUGUGCCGUGAUACACAAACAACAGCAACAACCAAAAGGAGAUCGUGGGCCCCCGCCUGAAGGGGGUCCUCCACCUGAAGGUGGUCCUCCCCCUGACGACAAUGGCCCUCCGCCUGAUGGUGGUGGUCCUCCACCGGAUGGAAGUGGGCAACGAAAACGACGAACACUCCUCAAAGGUGUUCGUCAACAAAAGUCUCACGACCAACUGGAACAGCAGUCACAGCAAGCACAGAGGAGACUCCAGCCGCCCAAAAAGAAAAAAUCCACCAACAAUCCGCUCCGAUUGGCCAUUAAAGAACUAGACUUUGAGGGGGCCACGGGACGAGUGCGAUUCGUCGACCAGGGGGAAUAUUCAGGAAACCGAGACACCGCCACUGUCGUCUUUGGAACCUACAAUUUUCGAACCAACAACGGCAAUGAGUCCACGUACCAUCUGACCGACAUUCAUCACGGUCUGCCGGACGAAACGGGGGAAUGGGUGGAUGGACCCGACGCUCCUUUUAUCUACUCGAAUGGUCUAUCGACGCCACCCGUGUUGAAUCGAGACUUGCCAGAACAAAACUAUCUGCAAAAGGGAGUCCACGUGACGGGCUUGUUCUUUUUGGCCGUGGCGUUGUUGGCAGCACUGGCGUCGGCGGCAUUGGUCAUUGUCAAGGCCGAUGCAGGGCCCAUUCGACAGUCUCAACCACCCUUUUUGCUACUGUUGAUCCUGGGAGCCACCAUCAUGUCGUUUGCCAUACUCACGUCGGCAUUUGAUGAAUCGUAUGGAUGGACCGAUUCCAUGCUGGAUGCGGCCUGCACGGCGACUCCUUGGCUGGUAUUUGCCGGAUACAAUAUUAUCUAUCUGGCUCUGUUUUCCAAGCUCUUGCGCAUCAACAAGGUCAUGCAGUUUCGUCGCGUACAAGUCACCGUGACCAAAGUGCUGAUUCCCUUUGUGGUCAACAUGCUCUUGACGGUAGCGAUUCUCAUUGCAUGGUCUGCGGCAGACCCCAGACAAUGGGUACGCUCGAUCAUUGAUGAAGACACUGCCGAAUCCUACGGGAAAUGCCAAAGCGACAAUUCGCUUCCAUAUCUGAUUCCAUUGAUCUGUCUCCUCGCCCUGUCCACCGUUGGGUGCGGUGUCAUGGCAUACAAAUGCCGUGAUAUCGAGGAACGAUUCUCGGAUUCCAACUACAUUUUUUACACCAUUUUUGUACAGAUUCAAGUCCUGCUUGUGGGGAUCCCAAUUUUGGUUAUUCUGGACGACGCUUCUGCCAACGCGGCGUAUCUCGGGCGGUCCCUUUUGAUCUUUGUGAUUGUCAUGACGACGCUGCUGUUGAUGGUUGCUCCCAAAGGCAUGCGAAUAUGUUUUGAGAGUGCUGAACAAAAGACAUCGUUCCGGACGGCAGGAAGUGGGAAGGUCAAAGUCAGCAACUUCAACGUUUCUUCCACUGCUAGCAUUAAGUCGAAAGAACUGACAAUCGCCAGGGGAGAGUUCGAAGAGAUUGCGAAGGAACAUUCCGCAGAAGAUUGCUUCAAGGACGAUCGCGAAUCCGAGUCCGCCCUUUUCAGCAAUGAGUGUGUCGCAGAGCUUGCCGCAGAAGAAGCAGGGGUCGUCUUUGGUGACAAGGUACUUGGAAAGUAG